AUAAUGUGGAUAUUGAUACUUUGCCUGUAAUCAGAUAUGUCGAUGGAACUAGCGUAUUUAAAGGUGGUGAAUAUGAAAGUGAGGGUAGUCUUUUAUCCAUAAUUAGAGAUACUGGUGAUAUUUUUGAAGGUAAUAACUCUGAAAAUAGGAUCGAAAAUGUUGAAGAUAAUAUAAAUAAAGGUGAUGAUUCAGAAAGUAAACCCGAUGAUAGCCCAUUAAAAGAAAUAUAUACUGGACAGACUUUUACUUCUUUUGCGUUGCUUGAUCAGUGUUUGAAACGUUAUUCUACCCGAAUGGGGUUCGAAACAAAAAUAGUAAAAGUUGAAAAUGACAAUAAUGUUUGUAUCAAAAAAAUAUACAAAUGUCGAUAUGGGGAUAAAUAUUUGUCUAAAAAGAAGUUGGAUCCUACAGCAAAUAGAGAGCAGGAAUCAGCUUACGAUUAUGAAGAACCACAAAUUUUACUAGACAUAGCCUUAGAAGAUUAUCAUAGAAUCAGCGUAGUACAAAAUGAAGGUGAACUACUUCCAACUAGUACAUUUCAAGUAUUACAAAGGAUUCGUGGACAAGAGAUUGAUGUUAGAAAUGUUGUAGAAUUAGAUUCGAAAAAAGUUUCUGAUGGUCAUGGUCUUGGACUUUGUAAAAUGGCUCUAAAUAUAGCGAUCACAAAUGGUUCUAAUAAGACUUUGGAAGAUAUUUUACAACAAUUUAUUGAUGAACAAAUUUCAGUACAAAAUGAAAAUAUAUCUGAACAAGAGUUAAAUCAGGAAAAUGACGAAUUUAGUAUUUCAAAUACACAUCAGCAUAAAAGUAAAGGCCGUCCUGCAAACAAAAGAUACUUAAUGGCGAUUGAGGAAAAUAAUAGCAAAAAUAGUAGUUCGAGUAAUCAAGCUGAAACAUCAGAAUUAGGAUCAAAAAAGAAAAACAAGCCAAGAGAAAAACCGAAACGCCUUAAUGAUGCUCAUACUCAAGUUUUAACAUUUUUGAGAACGAAUGUCGAGGAAGAAUUCAAACUUAUUUUGAAAAAACGUAAUAUACCAGAAAAGUUGAACGAACUUGACGCGCUUAUUGCAAAGGCAAAACAACGGGAAAAAGACGGUCAAAAUUCUGCUCAACCUACAUCAAUGUAA